CCUUUUUCAAGCCUUCGGGGUUCCGAUAAUGAUUGCCGGUCAAAUGAGUUGCCAAGGGGAUCCUUCGAUGAUUGAGCACACAAAUCAAAACAUCUACAAACAAAAAUCACCUAAACUAACUAAAACCAAGCCAUCAUGAAAAUCGUCAUCAUUGGAGGAGUUGCAGGAGGAGCCAGUGCUGCCGCCCGCGCCCGUCGCCAUGACGAAAAGGCUGAAAUCAUUUUGCUUCAAUCCGGACCCGACAUCAGCUAUGCUUCUUGUGGGAUGCCCUAUUUCAUAGGCGGUGAAAUCAAAAAUCGCCACUCCAUGGCCGUUCAGACACCCGCGAGCUUGUACGCCAAGCUCCGUAUCGAUGUCCGGGUCAACGUCCGCGUUACCGCCAUUGACACUGAGAAGAAGGAAAUCUCAGGCCACAACGAAAGGACAAGCGACAAAUUCUCAGAGAGCUACGAUGAACUUAUCCUUGCAGUUGGUGCUGCGCCACUAAAGCCACCUAUCCCCGGAAUUGAUUUGCCUAGUCUAUUUUCCUUGAGAAACCUAGAGGAUAUGGACAACAUCAACCAUUGGAUCGCCAAGACACAAGACGAAAUUGCCCAUCACCACCGUAUGCAUUGCUACGUGGCCGAUGGUGAGAAGAUGCAUGUUGUCGUGGCAGGUGCAGGCUUUAUUGGACUGGAAAUGGUGGAGCAACUGCUUCAUAGGAAUAUCCAGGUCAGUUUGGUCGAGAUGAUGCCACAAAUUUUGGGCCCCCUUGAUGUUGAAAUGGCAAACAUCCUCGAACAGGACUUGAUCAAACGAGGUGUGAACGUGAUCACUGGCGAUGGAAUCAAGCAGUUCGAGAAAAUGGACGAGUGCGGUGACGUUGUCGUGCAUUUGGCUUCGGGAAAGAAGUUGCCAGCCGCUCAAAUGACAAUUCUCGGCUUGGGAGUUCGACCCGAUACCGCGAUUGUGCGCGAAGCUGGAAUUGCUUGCACAAAGAGAGGCCACAUCAUUGUCGAUGAAUACCUCAAGACGAAUACUGAGCAUGUCUGGGCUGUUGGAGACGCGGUGGAGGUGAAGAACCCCAUUGUUGGAGGCCAGUGGGCUGUGCCGCUCGCUGGUCCAGCCAAUCGUCAGGGUCGCAUGGCAGCCGACAACAUCUAUGGAAAGAACCGCAAGUUCAAGGGAACUUACGCGGCCGCAGUUGUGCGCUCCUUUGACUUGAUAGCUGCUGCUGUUGGAAUGAACGAGAAAAUGCUUCGGGCCCAGAGACUGCCGUACAAUGUGGUUCAUGUCCACCCGGGAAGCCAUGCUGGAUACUAUCCUGGAGCCAAGAGUAUCAACUUGAAGGUGCUCUUCAAUCCAGAGGACGGAAAGAUCUACGGAGCCCAGGCUGUCGGGGAAGAUGGCGUAGAGAAACGCAUUGACGUGAUUUCCACCGCCAUGCAAGGCGGCUUGACGGCAGAAGAUUUGGCAGAGCUGGAACUCUGUUAUGCUCCACCCGUUGGAUCGGCCAAAGACCCAGUUAAUAUUGCCGGUAUGGCAGCACAGAACAUCAUGGACGGUUUCGUGAAGCAGAUCCAAUGGGACCAACUUGAGGAUGCACAGAACGAUCCCGACACGGUUAUCCUGGAUGUUCGCAACCCGGGCGAAGUUACUGCGGGUGAGUUGGUCAACGGUGCCCUUCAGAUCCCGCUUCCUGAAUUGCGUGAUCGCCUGGGCGAGGUGCCUACCGACAAGAAGAUUGUGGUGUCGUGUGCCUCCGGGCAACGAGCGUACUAUGCCUGCCGCAUUCUCCAGCAGACUCCUGGUUUGGAAGGCAAGGUGUUCAACCUCAGUGGGGCAUUCAAGACGUUCAAGACGACCCCAACGUUCCUCUCUCGUAGCUAG